AUGCCGUACGACAUCCUUGAUGACGGCCUACCCAGUCCAAAUCUGCAUCCUUUCCAGACAUAUCAAGCAUUAUCCUACGUCUGGGGUUCUACAGCCGAGCUAGAGACUCUUUGUCUCGAGGGCGAGGAUUUCCUCGUUACCCGGAAUCUGUUGGCUGCCCUCCAAGCCAUGCGUCAUCCGCAAUUCGGCAUCAAAAUCUGGGUGGAUGCAAUCUGCAUCGACCAGGCCAGUUUAUCGGAGAAGAAGACGCAAAUACCACUGAUGGGCCGUAUUUAUCGCCAGGCCGACUCGGUCUGGGCACAAGUGUUACCGACAUUUGAAAAGGCCGACCAGCUCCGCGAUUUGGCCGUCGCCAUUCUGACGGCUGCGCGAGCUCUGGAAGCCGACGUACGAAGCCGCCAACGUGACAGAAACAACGCAAACACUGUGGACGAGGACGAGAAAAGCCCAACAGCGCAUGCUGAACCUAAAGACGAACCAUCCUUGCUCUUCUCGGAAUGCGCGCUGGAGGACUACAACCUACCCCCUGAGACCAGCCCACUCUGGCAGGCCUGGAGAGAACUGUUCUCCUCGCCGUUUUUUCAGAGGAUCUGGGUUCAGCAGGAGGUGUUGCUCGCAAAGGAUCUCAAAUGGAACCUUGGCACGACUAUCGUAGACCCCCGAGCAAUUGCG